CACGAAUCCUGUUCCUCUUCGAGUGUCAUAGGAUCCUGGCGGUGUUCAUUGUGUGACAAGAGAAACCACAUCUGCGACUUCACAGCAUCAAAUUAGGUGUCCUUGGAGCAGGUCCGCUGUUCAAACUCAUAAAAGAACCGUAGUUACGGAUAAACAGAUUUGGGAUCUGUGAAGUGUCUACAUGGCUGUCAGACGGGGCCACAUUCGAUACUUAAAAGUAUGCGAGGUUCAGAGCUGCCAGGGCCAGGGUAAUGAAAGCAGGGAAGCGCAGCAGCACGGCAGUAAGGGUGCCAGUUCACUGAAGGAGGUUUAUGACAUGUCUAACGGAUACGAAGAGCACAUGGUGGACGAUUCAAAGGACCCAAUGUCCAAAACAAACCUGAUCGUGAAUUACCUGCCCCAGAACAUGACCCAGGAUGAGCUCCGUAGCCUGUUCAGCAGCAUCGGGGAGGUGGAGUCUGCCAAACUCAUCCGCGAUAAAGUGGCAGGUAAUCCUUAUCACAGAAACCAGAGCCACAGUUUAGGGUACGGAUUUGUUAACUAUGUUAACGCUAGUGAUGCAGAAAGGGCAAUCAAUACUCUCAAUGGGCUGAGACUACAGUCUAAAACUAUCAAGGUGUCGUAUGCUCGUCCAAGCUCUGACACCAUUAAGGAUGCUAACCUGUACAUUAGCGGGCUGCCCAAGACCAUGACACAGAAAGACGUGGAAGACAUGUUUGCACGUUAUGGCAGAAUCAUUAACUCGCGCGUCCUUGUUGAUCAGGCUUCAGGCUUGUCCAGGGGAGUUGCCUUCAUUCGCUUCGACAAGCGAGCGGAGGCAGAAGAUGCCAUCAAAGACCUGAACGGUCAGAAGCCUCCUGGCGCCUCGGAGCCCAUCACGGUCAAGUUCGCCGCCAACCCGAACCAGGCGAAGAACUCCCAGCUGCUCUCGCAGAUCUACCACACGCAGUCCCGCCGUUUCGGUGGGCCCGUGCACCACCAGGCUCAGCGGUUCAGGUUCUCGCCGAUGAGCGUUGACCACAUGGGGGGCAUCUCUGGGGUCAACGUGCCGGGCAACUCUACCUCGGGCUGGUGCAUCUUCAUCUACAACCUGGGCCAGGACGCGGACGAGGGCAUCCUGUGGCAGAUGUUCGGCCCGUUCGGGGCGGUCACCAACGUAAAAGUCAUCCGCGACUUCAACACCAACAAGUGCAAGGGCUUCGGCUUCGUCACCAUGACGAACUACGAGGAGGCCGCCAUGGCCAUCGCCAGCCUCAACGGUUAUCGCCUCGGCGACAAGGUCUUACAGGUGUCGUUCAAAACUAGCAAGUCUCACAAAUAAAUGUACUUGCUGUCAAAUUUUCUACAUGGGGGGGGGUAAAAAUUUGGGGAAAAAUACAUAUAAAAAAAAAUAAAAAAAGGCUGAUUCUUUGUUGUUUUUUUCUUUUUCUUUUUUUCUUCUUAGUGUAACGGCAGUUCUGCACAAGUUUAACUUUUUUCUCAUUUUUUCCUUGUCUUAGUCUUUAAUGAAGUAAAAUGUUUUUCAUAUUCUGGAAUGGAACGAAUGUCCUAUUUUAUUAUUCCCCCACCCACCCACAAUUUAGUGACCAGUUGUACAUUUUUCAUUGCUUCCCCUUGCCUGUCAUUAAAUUCUCUGUAUAAAGUGUAUUCUAGAUUUGGCAAUGUCGUUGUGCCAUAUGCAUGGUUAAAAAAAAAAAAAAGAAAAGAAAAAAAAAAAAAGCAGAGCAUGCCUUGUCAUAGACUGAUUCCAUCGAUUUCUUAUGUUGAAGAUGCUGGCCUGCCGAGUUUAUCCCAGGUAAAAGUGUACAGAUGCCUUAAAAGUCCCUCUAUUUUUUAAUUCCCACCCCCUCCGUUGUCCGUUGGAUAAUUCAGGUUUUAAUCGACGCCCAUAGUCCUCAAAUUGCCCUUUUGAAAAUUGGCUCCAAACCGAUAUUACAUCGAAUCAGUUUUUGGCACCGCAUGCUUGGCAGCAAGUUGAGAACCAGUCUUCAUAAAAGGUGUGGUAUUGGUAGUACAGUGGCAGUGUGAAGCCAACUAGGAGUCUUUUUUUUUUUUUUUUUUUGUUCAAAUUUUGUUUUCCAUUUUUGAGAAGACCUGGUUUGAAGAUCCAGAUGGUUGUGUUGAGAAGGACCAAAGAGAUUGAAGGAGACUUUGUGUCACCAACGCAAGUUGACUUGCCAUGUUGUUAGCCUCACCGCUGGUACUUGCAAAAACGUGUCCGGAAAUUCACAGGCUGAAAGAGAAGUUAAUUUAAUUUUGGUAUCAAAUGGUUUUGCCUUGUGUAAUUACCAAUGACCAUGUUUUCCUUUAAAGAGGGCUUUUUGUUGAUUCUCCCUCAAACAUUGAAAAUGGGGAAAAAUGACUUCAUUUUCCAUGCAGUUUGAUUCUUUUAAAGUUUAUUUAAAGGAACAAAUUGAAAUUUUGUGGAAGAUGCCUUGACGUUUCCCUCCCCAUUUUGUUUCCUUUGGUUUGUUUGAUUGUUUUGCUUGGCAUUUAUGACCAUUAAAUUUAAUUUUGUUUUGCUGAAA